AUUCUAUCAUAAUUCUAUUUCAUAAACAGAUUUUUAUUACUUUCUUGAUCAAUCUUUCAACUAUUGACAUCAUUAUUCGUUGUGGACUUCAAAAUGGACCUAAAUUUUGUGCAAGCUGAUAACAGCAAUCUACCUAAGGUUGACGCAUUAAUGGUAGCAUUUUUCUUCAAAAAUAAUGCGGACUACUAUGCUGCGGAACUCAAACAUGUGAAAACAACAAUGUCUGGAAGGGAGUCCUACGGAGACGAUGCAAUUGGCUAUGUGCAGCUGCACCGGGAGCAUGGACUUUGCACACUUAAGUGCAAAAUGUGCCCAGAGCACAAAGUGAGAUCAAAAGCUUAUAAUGUGACAAUGGUUAUCAACGAAAAUGAAAGCGAGAUAAUAAGUUGUCAGUGCCAUGACUGUGCUGCUUCAGCAGGAGGAUGCAAGCAUGCAGUCGCUUUUUUGAUGUGGGUACAUCGGCGCAGUGAGGAACCUCCAUCUACUUCGGUGGAAUGUUAUUGGAAAAAGCCAACAUUGUCAAGAGUAGGGACUACUCUGAAGUACAUCACUGUGCAGCAGAUGUCGAAAAAGGAAGUACCACACAGACCAAGUACAUCAGCACUUUACACAGACUUUGUUUUGGAAGCCAAAAAAAGAAAACUUCAACACUGCGAAUUGAUAAAAUAUCAGGACGAUUUUAAACACUCAAAUGUUAUGCGGUAUUCGCUGCACUGUUUCAUAAUGGACCAACCACCAAAAAUUCAAGCAGACGUAGACAAUCUUGUAGACAUAAUGAAGACAACAUUCAACAGAGCUGCUAUCAGUGCAAUUGAAGAAGCAACAAGAAUGCAGUACAAGAGCAGCUUGUGGUAUGAGAUGAGGUAUGGCCGUAUCACAGCUUCAAAGGCACAUGAAGUGAGUGUAUGUCAUACACCUGAUGGUUCAUUGGUUGCUACUAUAAUGGGCGCAAAAAUACCAGAUACUAUUGCAAUGAAAAGAGGUAGAAGUUUGGAGCUAUCUGUCCGGAAGACAGUUAGUACAACAUUGAACAAAAAAAUCAGAACAUGUGGACUUUAUGUAUGCCAAGACAAUCCCAUGCUUGCAGCAUCUCCUGAUGGUUUAUUGAAAGAUGCCAUUGUUGAAAUAAAAUGCCCUACCAAAGCAAAAGCUAAGAACAAUUAUUUAAAAAAUGGAAUUAUUUCAGAGAAAUGUAAGGCACAGGUUCAAUUACAGAUGCAUGCAACUGGUAUGAAAAAAUGUUAUUUUUGUGUUGCUGAUAGCAACUUUGAAGAAACAAAAAAUGUAGAUAUUAUUCUAGUGAAGUACGAAGAUGAUUAUGUCAACAACUUAAUAAAAAACUUGUAUAUUUUUUGGAAAAAAAAUAUAUAUCCUAUUUUGUAUCGUAGCACUAGUCUGUGA